AUGAUGCUCUGUACGCCUCUGGAGAGCCUCGAGUCGCUACCACCGGCGCGGCCGAUUGGAUACAGCUACGGCCUCAAGACGAUCAACACGAGCAGUGCGACAGCAGACGCAGUAUCGGUGGCUUUCUUGUCGCCAGCGAUCCAACAGAUCGCAGCUGCGACGAGCAAAAGCGAAGUGUUUCAGCUGGCGGGCAACUUGUCGAGAGCAGGGACUUCUUUUUUGACACAGCUCGGUGUGGCGGCGGAUGCUAAAGAUGCGACCACGUAUGCAUUGUACGCGUCUCAGACGGGUCUUACGCUGCCCGACCCGCAGUAUUACAUGGACCACAAACGGUUUGACUCGAUUAGCGACGCCUUCCAUGCGUACGUCGUGGAAUUGUUUUCGCUGAUCGGAUGGAAGUCGCAUAAAGCAGCGUCGCAAGCUUCCUUGGUGAUUGCGUUUGAACAAGCACUUGCACCGUUGUUUGUAGCGAAAGAGAAGCUGCAGGAUCCGGUAGCAUCGUACAACCGCAUGAGUGUGGCACAAGCCGCUGAGGAGUAUCCGUUGCUAUUCGCACAGUUCGUGGAUGGAACGGGGAUGCUGAAGGACCUUGUAUCUCGGAACGCUAGUAUGAUUGUCCGAACGCCUUCGUUCUUUGAGCGUGUUGAGGAGCUCGUGACUGGAGAUUCGGUGACGCUCGACACUCUGAAAGCCGUGCUUACGUAUCAAUACAUCAGCACGUAUGCAAGCACCCUGAGUGAGCCCUUCGUCCAGGCGUCUUUUACCUUCUUUGCGCAAACGCUCCGGGGUCAGAAGACACGUGCUCCACGAUGGAAAGUGUGUCUUCAGCGCGUUAUCGACAACUUUCCUGAUUUGGCCGGCAAAAAAAGUCUCAUGCAUGUGGACUGGCUGGACGAACCCACUCGACAAGGUGCUCUCGAAAAGCUGGGCAACAUGACUAACCGCAUUGGGUGCUCGAAUCUGUCCAAACAUUUUCCAUACGAACUACACGGCGAGGCACCACUUGUUGAAAACGUGCGGAUCAUCUGGGAGCACGAAUUUGAUCGAGCUGUGGCACGGAUCGGUGGCCCGGUAGACCGCAACGAAUGGGCCAUGACGGGCGCUGCUGUGAACGCGUACUACCAGCGAACGACCAACCAGAUCGUCUUUCCUGCUGGCAUUCUUCAGCCUCCGUCUUUUUCCCGCGAGCAACACCCGGCACGCAAUUUUGGGGCGAUUGGCAGCGUCAUGGGACACGAACUCACACAUGGUUUCGAUUCGUCUGGAAGGUUCUUCGAUGGUGACGGCAAUUUGCAGGACUGGUGGAGCAAUGGCACAGCAGCGGAGUUCUUACAGCGGACCGACUGCCUCGUGAAGCAGUACAAUGCGUUUGCAGUGAACAGCGGUGCGGAUCAGGACAAAGUGCUGGGUCACGUCAACGGCAAUUACACUUUGGGCGAGAAUAUUGCGGACAACGGUGGCGUGAAGUUGUCCUUUCAUGCGUAUCAAACCUACAUCGCCAAGCAAACCACGGAACUGAGCAAGGUCAACAACAAAGGCGAAGCGACACCCGUUUUAGGAAGCCAGACCGAGUCUGAUUUACCUGCCGACGUGGCUGACAAGCUCUUCUUCAUCUCGUUCGCCCAGGAGUUUUGCUCAAAGGAGAGCGACGCCAGCAUGAUUCGAAGCUUGGCGACAGAUCCGCACUCGCCCGCCCAGUGGCGCAUCAAUGGUGUUGCAAGCAACUCACACGACUUUGCACGCGUCUUCUCGUGCCCUGCUGGUUCACGCAUGAACCCGACGACAAAGUGUCAGCUGUGGUAG